CCGACAAUAAAAUCAUUGUCCUUCUGCAACACAAUUCUUGGAAGGAAAAUCGGUCGCAAAGAUGUUACGAUGGUAUCAAAGGAAGCUGGCCUCGAGCCCGAUCUUGACGCAGAGCAUCACCACCGCAGUGCUCUUCGCAACAGGAGAUACCAUGGCACAGCAACUGGUUGAGAAGCGCGGGCUCAAGAACCACGAUAUUGCCCGUUCGGGACGAAUGGCAUUGUACGGUGGAGCUGUCUUCGGUCCAGCAGCAACAACCUGGUUCAAGUUCCUCCAGAACAAAGUCGUCCUCAAGAAUAAGAAUGUCGAGAUCGUUGCAAGAGUAGCAGCCGACCAAACCAUAUUCGCCAGCACCAACUUGUUCUGCUUCCUCAGCAGUAUGGCUAUAAUGGAGGGCACAAGUCCAAAGGAUAAAUUGGAGAAGAGCUACUGGACUGCUCUGAAGAGCAAUUGGAUGGUUUGGCCCUUCAUUCAAGUGGUCAAUUUCAAGUUUAUUCCUCUGCAUCAUCGGGUUUUGGUCGUCAACGUCAUUUCUUUGGGAUGGAAUUGCUAUUUGAGCUGGAUCAACAGUCAAUAAGGAGCGGACCUGUAGAUAUGGGCAUAGGACUUUCGUUGGGCACACACCUGCCACCUUCCUCUAUGUUUUGCAUUUCAGAGAAUUGCGGUUGGGUCUAGACAGUAUUGGCGUCUGGGCAUUUUCAUAAAAGACAACUGCUAUUUUGCGAGUUUUUGCAAGCUUUGAGACAUAGAAUAAGACUCAAGCAUCAUACACCUUCUGCAAUGUCGCUUCUAUUCUGCUUAUGUCUUUAUCUAAUUGUGAGCAAUGAUUUGGUUCCAAAGUAUCGAGGAAAAACUAUAUUGUACUACCAUACUUUCCAUGGUAAAUCUAGCAUUGCUGGACAUACAAUCGAUUUUUGAGUACAUAUAUCUCAAACAUUGGGCCCUGAGGAAUCCUGGCAAUGCACCU